GGCCGGGGGGCGGGGCUUCAAGCGGAGAGGGAGGGAAAAGAAAAGAAUCCGACUGGGAGUGGAGCAGGCUUCUACGGUGGCCGGAGAGGGACGCACCGGGCCGGAGGCUGCAGGAUGAUGCGAUUCAUGCUACUGUUCAGCCGGCAGGGAAAACUUCGGCUGCAAAAGUGGUACCUGGCCACUUCAGACAAGGAGAGGAAGAAGAUGGUCCGGGAGCUCAUGCAGGUCGUUCUGGCUCGAAAGCCCAAGAUGUGCAGCUUCCUGGAGUGGAGGGAUCUCAAAGUUGUCUAUAAGAGAUACGCAAGUCUCUAUUUCUGUUGCGCCAUCGAAGGCCAGGACAACGAGCUGAUCACACUGGAACUGAUCCACCGAUACGUGGAGCUCUUGGACAAGUACUUUGGCAGCGUGUGCGAGUUGGACAUCAUCUUCAACUUUGAGAAAGCCUACUUUAUCCUGGAUGAGUUUCUGAUGGGCGGGGACGUCCAGGACACCUCCAAGAAGAGUGUGCUUAAGGCCAUUGAGCAGGCUGACCUGCUGCAGGAGGAGGAUGAGUCGCCGCGAAGUGUCCUGGAGGAGAUGGGCCUGGCAUAGCCCCACCGGGGGGUUGCCCUGUGGAAAUGGGGAAGCCAAGAUCAGAGACAGCACUUGGGGGCUGUUUCUCCCGCCUCUCCCCCGUGCCCUUCUCUUGGUGGGCCCGGCCGCUUUUCCUUAGCCGCCUCGCCUUCUUUAGAAGGAGCUGUGGCUCCAGCCCUUCAUUCAAACAUCCCCUCCCUCCUCCACCCUCCACCUUCCCCCAGUGAAGGCUUUAGGAGCUAGAAGACAGGAAAAUGUGACCUGGAUGG